CGUCGAUUGUGUAUAAGGAAAAUCCAUAUCAGCGACUCAAUUCCCAAAUUUCGAUUUUCUUCCUGAGCCAACCCUAGCUCCUCACCGGCGAUUCUCUUCCUAGACUACCAGUCACCGCUGCCGCCGAGUGGCGAGCUCCGUCUGCCGGCUCUGCCCGUAUCCUCUUCUCCAGCCUUCCAGCUGGUCUAGGUCAAGCCACAGCCCACAGAACAGGCAUACAGCGCAAGAACCAACAGCAAAAAUGGGGAGGAGAAUACUCAAUGAUGCAUUGACGACUAUCGUGAAUGCUGAGAAGAGAGGGUUUGCUUCAGCUCAACUUAAACCAAUAUCUAAUGUCAUGGCUAAUUUCCUUCAGAUCAUGAAGUAUCGAGGUUGGAUAUCUUUCUUUGCAUUGUGCAUGGACACACCAAUUUUGUUUCAACAUGUUUCUGCAGUUUCAUACAUUUAAACAAGCAAGUGGUGACUUUUAUUGCUCUUUUUCAGUCAAUUUUUAUCAUUGAUACUAUUAAUUAUGGUUAAAUCAUUUUAAAUAUUUAUUUGAUGCCUUUCACCCAUGAAACUAGAUUUACUACUUGGUAGUGAGCGCUCUUCAUCUGUUCAGGUUCUCCCCGGAGUUUCUGUUUCGUUGGUUCUCUUGUUAUUAUGUUAGAAUGUGAUGAGAGAAACAGAGGAGUGUCUAUGUUUUCAUAAAUGUAAUCUGCAAGU